AUGGCGACAACUGAAGGGCAUAUGGAUGCUGGAACAGCGCGACAGCAAGAACAGGAUGGCUCCCGAUCACGAUCAGACAGGAGUUGGUGGAAGAACAUAUUUCGCUCGUCGCCAUCUGGAGAUGAUGACUCAAGUGCGGAGCACAUGGAUUACCGCUCUAGGGCGACAUUGGGUAUUCUUAGUGAUCCAGAUACCGACGAAGUGCCUGGUACUGUUCUUUUAUUGUCGUCAAACCGCAACGAGCCGCUAGGGCUAAGGCACCAGCCUCAUCGUACAUCGGCCUCAUCAUUACCUAUUCCGUAUCCCUCAUCCAGAUCGUCUUCGCGUGCAUCUGCUCCACCAACAAGCAAAAAGACCUCAAAUGGACAGAUUGUUUUGGAACCACAACCAGACGACUCACGAAAUGAUCCCUUGAACUGGCCGGUCUGGCGACGCGAUGCCUCAUUGAUUUCACUGGGGUUUUACUGCUUGAUGGGAGGUGGAAUGACCCCAGUCCUUGCUGCGGGCUUUAAUCAGGUCGCAGCAGACUACAACGUCGAUACCCAGAAGGUAGCAUACACCACAGGGUUGUAUAUGCUAGGACUAGGUAUCGGGUCAGUGAUCAUGUCGCCGACCGCGAUUCUAUGGGGAAAGCGUCCGGUUUAUUUACUAGGCGCAUCGCUUUUCAUAAUCUCCGCCGUCUGGUGUGCGCUAUCCCCAAAUUACCCCAGCCUCGUUUUGGCUCGGAUAUUUCAAGGUAUUGCAGUAAGUCCUGUGGAGUGCCUGCCCUCAGCCACCAUUGCGGAGAUCUACUUUCUGCAUGAACGGGCAUAUCGCGUGGGUAUCUAUACGCUUCUCCUUCUUGGUGGCAAAAACCUUGUUCCACUGGUGAGCGCAGCCAUUAUCGGGAGCCUGAGCUGGCGCUGGGUUUUUUGGAUUGUGGCCAUCAUUGUUGGGGCUUGUUUGGUUACUAUCUUUUUCUUUUUGCCGGAGACUUUUUGGGACCGUACCCCUCGACCACGUCGACAUCGCAAGCGACCCGAUUUGUAUAGGAGCGUGUCAGACAUGAUGACCCACGGACUUCACCGAGGUCGAGGUCGUCCCACUGAGAAUCGACAGCCAGAUAUGCCACAAUCAGAGAAUCCAGACCCCGCUUCUCAAAAACGAGCCAAGAGGGGCCACGUUGGUUUUGUCGAUAACAGUGCCGGGCUCGAAAUUCAGGACCAUGAGAAGGAGCAACCUCUCAGUGGACUGGAACCAACUCCAUCGAUUCAACCUCCCCAAGAACCCGCAGAUCCGGCUAUAGAAUCGUCUGGCCACGACGAGAAAUCGGCUGUUCCACCGCUUGAUGCGACCCCUACCAGGCGCUCGUCCGAUCUUGAAACCGGACGAUUCCCCUCGCAAUCGCCCGCGCGAAGUGGGUCCCUAGAUCCUGCUGCAGGACUGAGUUUACCCGUACAGUAUACUAAUCGGCUUCGUGAGCGGACAACAAUUCCGUACACACACUACUUACGAGUCUGGAACGGACGAAUGUCGCACGACCGCUGGAUACGGGUGGCUGUUCGUCCGUUUAUCUUGUUCGCGUAUCCCGCAGUCUUAUGGUCGGCCGUAGUAUAUGCCUUGUCCGUCGGGUGGCUCAUUGUGUUGUCAGAACUCGUGUCACACAUUUACCAAGAUAAAGAGAGCUACAACUUCACCUCGCUUCAGACCGGCCUGAUUUAUAUAUCUCCGUUUGUGGGCGGUUUACUGGGCACAGCAGUGGCAGGCAAGAUUUCAGAUAUCAUUGUCCGCUAUAUGACACGGCGCAAUGGCGGGGUUUACGAGCCCGAGUUCCGCCUAGUAAUGGCGAUUCCGAUUGCACUUUCGACAACAAUAGGUCUGAUGGGCUUUGGCUGGAGCGCUCAGGAAAAGGACGCCUGGAUUGUCCCGACUAUCUUCUUUGGGUUAGUGUCGUUUGGAUGCUGCUUGGGGAGUACCACGGCAAUUACUUUCUGUGUGGACAGCUACCGUCAGUAUGCUGGAGAAGCUUUGGUGACGCUAAACUGGAGCAAGAAUGUUUUCCACGGUCUAAUUUUCUCCUUGUUUGUUGUCGAUUGGAUGGAGAUUGACGGGGCACGGAUGGUCUUCGUGGCCUUGGGAGUGAUCCAAUUUGGACUACUUCUUUUCUCCAUUCCAAUGUACAUCUAUGGCAAGCGUGCCCGGAUGUGGACCGUCCGAAAACGAUUGAUGGAGAGAUACUAG